GCUUCCGACACCUUCUCCCCGGCCCCCCUUCUCGGCCCAAGCUUGGCUCGAGCUGUCAAAACCCCGCCCCCGGAGACCCACAAUUGGUCCAAAAAGCGUAAAAUCAGCAAUCAAGGGGGGCCUGCCUCGUUAGCGCAGGGGAUCCGAGCAGGGCAGGACAUGUGAGAUAGUCACAGUUUUCCAGAGAUCACGACAAGAUCUAACCAGUCGCGCGUGGUCCCCGGCGCCGGAGCGGGCAAGCCCAGCCCAGCCCCGCACCGAGCCCCCGCCACCCCCGCUCCCACAGCCCAGCGCCCCUAACCGUGCGCCAGACGGGGAGCCAGGAGGAGCAGCCUCCGCGCCCGCCACCGGGUCGCCCUUCCUACGCACGCGCCGCCGCCCGGGCCGGGGGUCCGAGCUGCGCGCCCCCGGCCCCGGCCCCCGGGCUCCUGAGCCGGAUGUCCCGAUGAGAGAGCCGGCGCUGGCGGCCAGCGCCAUGGCUUACCACCCGUUCCACGCGCCACGGCCCGCCGACUUCCCCAUGUCCGCCUUCCUGGCGGCGGCGCAGCCCUCCUUCUUCCCCGCGCUCGCGCUGCCGCCAGGAGCGCUGGCUAAGCCGUUGCCCGACCCCGGCCUGGCGGGGGCGGCGGCGGCAGCGGCAGCUGCAGCAGCGGCGGCUGAGGCGGGGCUGCACGUCUCGGCACUUGGCCCGCACCCGCCCGCCGCGCAUCUGCGCUCGCUUAAGAGCCUGGAGCCCGAGGACGAGGUGGAGGACGAUCCCAAGGUGACGCUGGAGGCCAAGGAGCUGUGGGACCAGUUCCAUAAGCUUGGCACGGAGAUGGUCAUCACCAAGUCCGGGAGGCGGAUGUUUCCCCCCUUUAAGGUGCGGGUCAGCGGCCUGGACAAGAAGGCCAAAUACAUCCUGUUGAUGGACAUUGUGGCCGCUGAUGAUUGCCGCUAUAAGUUCCACAACUCACGGUGGAUGGUGGCGGGCAAGGCCGAUCCAGAGAUGCCUAAACGCAUGUACAUCCACCCGGACAGCCCUGCCACGGGCGAACAGUGGAUGGCUAAGCCUGUAGCCUUUCACAAGCUGAAGCUAACCAACAACAUCUCGGACAAGCACGGCUUCACCAUCUUGAACUCCAUGCACAAGUACCAGCCACGCUUCCACAUUGUGCGAGCCAACGACAUCUUGAAGCUGCCCUACAGCACCUUCCGCACCUACGUGUUUCCGGAGACAGACUUCAUCGCCGUCACUGCCUACCAGAACGACAAGAUCACGCAGCUGAAGAUCGACAACAACCCGUUCGCUAAGGGCUUCAGGGACACCGGAAACGGCCGACGGGAGAAAAGGAAGCAACUGACGCUGCCGUCUCUGCGCUUGUACGAGGAGCACUGCAAGCCCGAGCGCGAUGGCGCCGAGUCGGACGCCUCGUCCUGCGACCCUCCCCCGGCGCGGGAGCCGCCGCCCUCUCCUGGCGUAGCGCCCAGUCCCCCGCGCCUGCACCGGGCGCGAGCCGAGGACAAGUCGUGCGCAGCCGACAGCGACCCCGAGCCUGAGCGGCUGGGCGAGGAGCGGUCCAGGACCUCACUGGGCCGCAGCCCGGGCCUGGACGGCGCCAGCCCCCCUCGCUUGAGCGAACCCGAGCGCGCUCGAGAGCGGCGCAGUCCAGAGUCUGGCAAGGAGCCGCCCGAAAGCGUCGGAGACCGGCCGUUCGGCCUGCGGGGCCUGGAAAAGGAGCGCGCCGAGAGCCGGCGGAAGGACGAGGGGCGCAAGGAGCUGAGCGAGGGCAAGGACCCAGGCCUGGCGCCGCUGGUAGUGCAGACGGACAGUGCAUCCCCCCUGGGCGCGGGACACCUGCCUGGCCUGGCCUUCUCCGGCCACCUGCACGGGCAGCAGUUCUUCGGACCCCUGGGAGCCGGCCAACCGCUCUUCCUGCACCCGGGACAGUUUGCCAUGGGCCCCGGCGCCUUCUCCGCCAUGGGCAUGGGCCACCUACUGGCCUCGGUGGCGGGUGGCGGCGGUAAUGGUGGAGGCGGCGGGCCCGGGGCUGCCGCGGGCCUGGACGCAGGUGGGCUGGGCCCUGCAGCCGGCGCGGCAGGCACCGCCGCGCCCUUCCCGUUCCACCUCUCCCAGCACAUGCUGGCAUCUCAGGGAAUCCCGAUGCCCACUUUCGGAGGCCUCUUCCCCUAUCCCUACACCUACAUGGCUGCAGCUGCGGCAGCGGCCUCCGCUUUGCCGGCCACUAGUGCUGCCGCUGCAGCCGCUGCCGCCGCUGGGUCUCUAUCCCGGAGCCCCUUCCUGGGCAGUGCCCGGCCCCGCCUGCGCUUCAGUCCCUACCAGAUCCCGGUCACCAUCCCACCUAGUACUAGCCUCCUCACCACAGGGCUGGCGGCAGAGGGUUCCAAGGCUGCGGGCGGCAACAGCCGGGAGCCCAGCCCUCUGCCAGAGCUGGCUCUCCGCAAAGUGGGGGCCCCACCCCGUGGUGCCCUGUCGCCCAGCGGCUCAGCCAAGGAGGCGGCCAGUGAACUGCAGAGCAUCCAGAGACUGGUGAGUGGGCUGGAGAGCCAGAGAGCCCUCUCCCCCAGCCGGGAGUCGCCCAAAUGAGGGACUGCCCAGCCAGCCACUCUGCUGCCACGCAGGCCUCCCGGGCUGCCUGCCCCUGCUGCUUGGGACGUGUACAGCACAGAAUGGGUAUUUAUUUAAAUAAAGGCGCAAAGGUGGGCUGCAGCAGCUGGAAUGGAGCCCUGUCCGGCCAACUGGGGCCUGGGACACCUCCCUGGGCUUCAACAUGGAAUGUGGCUGCCGGGAAUACAGUCGCUUUGGAGCAGUAGACUUGGUCCAGAUCUGCUCCGGCGUAAUGGUGGCACCAGCCAGGGCCCUCUCUGGGUCCCCCAGAGCAGUGGGGAAGGCCUUAUCCCUGGCCCAGAGUUUCCUUCGGGAGCCAGCAGGGGCAAAGGCUAGGGGUGGGCACUUCGGAUGCAGCCCCAAAGCCCCUGGCCUCCAGCCUGCACUGCUUGAGAAGCUGGGGUGGAGGGUGCUGGGGUCAGUGAAGAUUGAAGUCAGUGUAGACUUGAGCUGGGACUAUAAGGAGGAGCCCUGUCCUUUUGGUCCCACCAUCUCCUCCCCCAAAAGAUAGACACCUCUCCCACCCCUGGGUCAGUGGAAGGAGUGGCAUGUCUGCCUUGAGUCCCCAGGGAAAAAAAAGAUAUUUAUGAAAUAAAUGGUAAUUUGUGUAAAUAAGCUGUAAGGUUCCCAGAAUAUGCAAAUUGGUAUUAAUUUAUUCAAAGGUGUACAUUGCUGUGUACAUAAUAUUUAGAGAUUAACUCAUAGCAUUUAAUUUUUUUUCAUUUUACAUGAGCAUCUAUAUUGUACAGGGCUGGGGGUUCUUGGCGCGGGAGAAGGCCCUGCGCCCCGGAGGAGCCUCCACCCCGCCGGCCUCUCGGCCCCUUCGCCCGGGCUUUCCUCGCCAGAGCCCGCGGGCUCCACCUCAGGUUUUCACUUUUCGCUCCGGAGCGAGAACGGAACGACAAAAACGCGAGACAACAAUAAAACGCUGCAAUGCGAA